UUACAAAAGCAACCAAAAAGUCACUUUCCUUCCUUCCUCUCUCCCCUCCAUCCUCCAUUUUACCACCACCACAAAGGACCAUUCCCCUCCUAUAAAAAGAGAGGGGCACCAAACCAAACCCCCAACCAACCCAAAAAACAAACAUUAAACCUCUCUCUCUCUCUCUCUCUCUCUCUCUCUCUCUCUCUCUCUCCCUCCACCUCUUCAAACCUCCUUCUCAUCUCCCACUUCCUCCUCAACCAUGGUGAUGCAAACCAGCCUGAGAGAAUCCAUGAACGCCAGAAGCAUCGGCUCCCCGAACUGCGGGGAGACGAUGGUUCUGGCCCACGGGUACGGGGCGGACCAGUCUGCUUGGGACGACGUCCUCCCCGGUCUCGCGGCCCACUACCGGGUCGUGGUCUUCGACUGGAGCUUCUCCGGCGCCGUGAAGGACCCGAACUUCUUCGACCCGGACAGGUACGCCACGUACGAGGGCUUCGCCAGCGACCUGGUUGGGCUCAUCGACGAGAUGGGCCUGGAAUCCGUCGUCUUCGUGGGCCACUCCAUGUCCGGGAUGGUCGGAUGCAUUGCUUCUGUCAAACGGCCCGAGCUCUUCAGCCGCCUGGUGCUCGUCGGCGCUUCUCCUAGAUACAUGAACAGCGACGACUACGAAGGAGGCUUCGGGCAGUCGGACAUCGAGGACCUAAUGAACAACAUCGAGACCAACUUCCCCAACUGGGCCCAGGCCUUCGCCGCGAUGGUCGUCGGCGGGGACCAGCCAUCCACCGCCGUCGAGAAGUUCGCCGGGUCCCUGCGGCGGAUCAGGCCGGAGGUGGCGCUGGCCGUCGCCAAAACUGUCUUUUACUGUGACUAUAGGGAGCUGUUGGGAAAGGUCUCGACUCCGACCACCAUCGUGCAAACGACACGUGACGUGGCAGUGCCGACGUCGGUGGCUUACUUUAUCCAGGAGAAGAUCAGGGGGAAAUCGACGGUGGAGAUCGUUGAUACUGACGGCCAUUUCCCUCAUCUGACCGCACCGAAUGAGUUGCUCGAUGUGCUUGGUGGAGUUCUUGGGUUUGAAGCUAAUUGACAAAAGGAUUGGAUCAGAAUGUUCAUUAUACAAUAAAAAGUUAUAUAUAUGUUAUGUUUAAUUAUACUAGCUAGCUGGGUUGUUUUUUUUUUUUUUGGUUUUUGGUUUUGGGGUGUGUUUGGUUGGUUGUGGGUUCUGUUGUUAAUUACUUAUUAGGGUUUUUUUUUUUUUUUAUAAAUAGAGAGCAAGGUAUGGGUGAUGUAUUAGAUAAAUAAUGAUCCAUCCUAGGAGAUUGUUUGUAGAAUUACAUGGGUAAUUAUUUGGGAUCACUUGAUUACCAUUGGAUUUUAGAGAGGGAGAUUGUGUUUGGUUUUGGAUUUGAUGUUGUGGGUUUGAUAUGUAGAAAUGUUU